AUGAAGGCUGCUGCAACUGGACGGCUUCUUCUGCUGGUGCUCAUGGCUUGCAGCCUGCAUGCUGUCACCUGCAGCAGCAGCAACACCACUCCUGGGAACCAAACAGAUCGACUAUCACUGCUUGAAUUCAAGAACUCGAUCAGUUUGGAUCCACAACAAGCAUUGGCUUCUUGGAAUGACAGCACUCAUUUCUGCAAUUGGGAAGGUGUCACCUGCAGGACGACGAGCAACCGUGUCACUAAUCUUGACCUUGGAAAUAGAGGUUUAGUCGGCCAAAUAUCUCCUUCGCUAGGAAACCUGACAUUCCUGAAACACCUGUUCCUAGCAACAAAUAGAUUCAGUGGACAAAUCCCAGCAUCCCUUGGCCAGUUGCAUCGCCUCCAAAUCCUCUACUUGAGUAACAACACGUUACAUGGAUUUAUACCAACAUUUGAAAACUGCUCCAAUCUGGAAGAACUUUGGCUCAAUGGGAACAAUCUCAUUGGAGGGUUUCCAGGUCUUCCACUUGGACUUAAACACGUGGCGCUUGGAUCUAAUAAUCUUUCAGGAACCAUCCCUCCUUCUCUUGCCAAUGUCACAACACUUAAGGGGUUAGGCUUCAAUUACAAUCACAUUGAGGGAAACUUCCCACAUGAGUUUGCCAACUUUCCGGAGCUACAGUUUCUGGGAGCUAGUGCCAGCAAUUUGGUAGGUAGUUUUCCACAGGCCAUCCUGAAUCUUUCAACCUUCGUUACCUGGCCUCGGUAG